CAGGGGCGGACUGACAACUCAUGGGGCCCCCGGGCAAUAGGGGAUCAUGGGGCCCCUGUGUCCUUGCCCAAACUCAAAACCACACCCAAAGAAGUCUAUGAAAGGUACGAGGGGCAUCUCAUGGGGCUCCCUACUGACCCCGGGCCCUCGGGCAGUACCCGAGUUUCCAAAUGGUCAGUCCGCCCCUGCUUGCACCUUUACAUUUUAGAGACAAGAGGGGAAAAUGCCAUAAUAAAUUGGGUCUAUUUCUCACCUCCAUUUUAAUGCUUAUUUAACCUGAAAAAUGAUGAUAAUUUAUUUUAUUUCUUUUUACAAAGGUGA